UAAAACUGCAUUGCUUGCCUUCAUCUUAUAAGGAACUGACUCAACAAAACUGACCCAAAGUAUACAACAACACUUUAAGGUGCUAUUGUAACAUCCGUUCACUCUUUGUCCUGGUCUUUCUGUGUGUGCCUUUUUCUUGGUUUCCUAGUGCUGUGCGUUUUUGUUUAUCUGCCAUGUGCUUUUGUUUUUUUUUGACGUGCUUUUGUUGUCUAAUGGCUCCUCCCCUGCCCUGCGCUAUCUUCACCUGUUCUUUGUCACUUAGCCCCGCCCUUUCAUUGGUCUCAGGUGUUUCUCGUUUUCUGUUAGUAUUUAUACCCCUGUGUUUGCUCAGUCCCUUGGUCUUGCAUUUACAUGUUGGUGUUGAAAAAAACAUGGUUCUGUGCCUCAUACACACUGUAAUCAGUUACAGUGGUUAAAGAAUGGUGGCAUGCAUCCAGUUGCUGUGGUGACAGCAUUACAAGAAUAACAGUGAUGUAAUGCCUCUUAGGGGAUUUGCAGCGUUAUAUUAGCACUAAUCUGAUAGAGUACAUGUAUUUUCCCAAACAUGGUUUAAAACUCCCGAUGCCAGCUUAAGAAUUACUCUAGUAGAUACUCAUGCCGUUUUUUUUUUGUUUUUUUUUUUACUUUGUAAGUUACAAGUUUGGUUAAACAAAAUCAGUCUUUUCGAGGGUAUGCCUAGUAUGAUUUAAGGUGUUUUUGGUGCAGUUUUAAGGACAGAAAGUGCUGGUGUGGUUAGAAGUUCAAACUGAUAUGCUUCAGGGCUUCUGUGGCCUUGUAGUCCAUUAUCAUCUCAUAUCACAUGUCCCCAUUGCCAAACCAUUGAGAGUCAUCACUGUCCACUGUUCAGGAGUAACCAAAUAAUGUGUGAACUGUAUGGGGCUAAAUUGUGGACUCUAUAUCUCUCCCUCUCCUCCCAUCAAACUACUACUCACAAACAAAUAUGUGACACCUCCCUCCAACAAACACGCAAUUGGCAAGUAUGCUUAGAGGGUGGAGACCAGCAGAAAUCAAGGGUGGAUCUAGUCUUUCUAACAAUUCUAACAUUGAAGUUCAUUCUGGGCUCUAACCUGCAAAUUGUUCCAACCACAAAUCAAACAGCAAGUAUGGUUCAUCUAAUUGAAUUGCUUUCGGUCAUCUCCAUGACUUCUACAGCUUUGGCUCUGGUUGUGACACCUGCACCAGUAUCAAACUGGGAUGAAUUAGUGAAAGAGUCCAUGCAAGACAGAGACCCCGAAACAGAGUAUUUUUCUGUGCAUAACCCUUCAUGCUCACCUUGUCCAUCAGGAUGGGUGACCUACGCCAGGCGCUGCUUCAAGUAUUUUGACCAAGGCAGGGCCUGGAUCUCUGCUGAGGCUCACUGUUUAAGUCUGGGUGCCAAUUUGGUCUCAAUACACAAUGAAAAUGAAAACCAGCUGGUCAAGGCCCUGAUCCGCGCUCAAGACCCUAAAGAGAAUCCUACGUGGAUCGGACUCUCAGACUGUCAGGAGGAAAAAAUGUGGAUCUGGUCUGAUGGCUCCAAAUUGGAUUACACCAACUGGAACUCAAACGAGCCCAAUUUCUCUAAUGGAGAGUGCUGUGUGCACAUGAACUGGGCUGAUCAGAAGAACUGGAACGACAUUCCAUGUACUCUGAAAUAUCGCUUCGUUUGUGUCAGGAAUCUUGCCUGAAAUUCUGACCGACCACAGAAUUAACAUAGUUGUACUUGUUGUAUUGCUUAGUCAGUAACACUUUACAAUGCUGGUCCACAAAUAAGCAUGUAUUUAUACUUAACUAAUGCUUUCAUCACAGUUGUCCCUUGUCAUGUAAUUGUAAUGAAAUUUCGAAAAAUCCCUUAAUCAUGAAAUGUUCACACGAUGCCAAGGGCAUCAAAAGGACAAUGUAAAGAAUAUGUCAUUAAAAAACAAACUUUUGUUAGACAGCAACAUCAUUGAGUUUCAUGCAGAUCAGUAUAUUAGUUUUUAGCCUAUAAUUUGUGUUAAUCAGACAUCUCCAUCAGACAAGCCUUAUAGAAAGGGUAUAUAAUAAGUGUAAAUGCAAUAAGUCACAGACUGAGUUAGAAUUCUGUUAAUAAUUAAUGAUUCCCUUUAUUAAUGGUUAUUCAUGAUUGAUUUAGUUCUUUAUUAACAAAUAUAUUUAAUUAUUUCCUGAUGUGUUAUGUAUUAGUCCAUGCAUUAAUUUACUGUGUUACAUAUUAAGACAUGCUUAUUAGUGGAUCAGUAUUGUAAAGUGUUACCGUUAUGUCAGUGCAGUAGCUGUGAACUGUUUUUGUUCUCGGUACAAAUGCAUCUUAUUUGCCAAAACAUUCUAUGUAACAGUGAUCUGGAGAGUUACACUGCGAGAAAAUCUGAAGACUUAGGUUGUGUUCAGACUGCAGGCAAAGAUGAUUUGUUUCUUAAAUCAGAUCUUUUGAGAUGACUGUCCGCACUGUUAUUUGCAAAUGAUCAGAUCAGAAUAUCCACACAUCACCAAUGUUUCUGCAUGGGUUGCUAUGGUAACAACGUAGGCAUCAGUAACUAUGUAGCUAUGCUGAUGAUGCAGAUUUCAAAUGUGGAUGCAGGAGAGAUGGAGGGGCAUCAUCUCACCCUCCAAAUUCUUCAAAAUUCUCUGUCAUAAGCAUGAGUCUUUGGCACUCCUGUUAUAUCCCAGCACCUCUGUCACUCUCGAUUUGACGUUUUUGUUGUUUGUUGAGUUGCGAGAGACAAAACAGACACUUUGAAAGCUGAUUUUAGUGGUCAGAGCAUCCAGACUGAGAUGCAUCUGUAAAAAUCCAAUUGGAAUCACAUUUCAAACCACCUCCAAAUGUGGUUUGGAUCCAAUUCGCAAGAAUGGGAUGUGGGUUUUUUUCAACAUCCAGACUAUCAAAAAUCAA